AUGCCCAAGGCCGAGGUAGGAUCAACAAAGUACCUUAGCAACCGCAUGAAGUCCAAGGGGCUCCAGCGACUGCGCUGGUACUGUCAGGUCUGCGAAAAGCAAUGCCGCGACGAAAACGGCUUCAAAUGCCACACACAGUCCGAAUCCCACGUUAGACAAAUGCUCGUCGUAGGUGAAAAUGCGAAAAAGCACAUCGCCGACUACUCUACCCAGUUCCAGCGGGACUUUUUAAUGCUCCUGCGCACUUCGCACGGCGAAAAAAAAAUCAAUGCGAAUCACUUCUAUCAGGAGUACAUUGUGAAUAAGGAACACAUUCAUAUGAAUGCUACGCGAUGGACGAGUCUCUCGGAGUUUAUCAAGUUCCUUGGGCGUGAGGGCAUUUGCAGAGUUGAGGAGGGCGAGAGGGGGCUGAUGGUUGGCUGGAUAGAUAAUUCUCCAGAGGCUCUGCAGAGGCAAGAGGCUGUUCGGAGGAAGGAACGACAGGACCGUGGCGAUGAGGAGCGAGAGCAGAAGGCGCUGAAGGAGAUGAUUGAACGUGCGAAUAGGGACGCGGAGAUAGGUGGAAAGCUCGGGAAUGAUGAUACCCCGAAAGAGUUGAAUCGGGAAGAGGGUGAAAAGAUCAAGUUAGCUUUUGGUGCGAAGAAAUCUACGUCACCUACACCAGUCGGAUAUUCGACUGAAUAUACCCCGCUCGAAGAGGCCAAGCCUGAUACCAAGGACAAGGUCUCUAUCAGAAUAGCCCCGAACAAACCUAAAAAUGUGUUUGCGGCCGCAAGCAAGAGGAAGAAAGACAGUAAGAACAAAGAUGGGAAGGGUGGAACCCUAGAACAGUCAAAGCGGCCUAUGAGUGAAGCGGAGAGAAUCAUGAAGGAGGAAUUGGAAAGGAAGAAGCUGCGAGAAAAUGGGUUUAGUGGGCCUGGGUUCAAGAGACAAAAGGUUGCUUAGUUUUUGCUUUGUUGUCAUCUAUUUCCUUUUUUUUCUUUACUAGUGUUGCUUGUGUUUCUAUCAUAGCUCGAUAGGUUUUAUAGGGCAUGUAUGGGGGUUUAUUUCUUUAGGUGUUUCACGAGCUUAAGGCUCAUUACAUUAUGUAACUUAGCUAUUCUAGAGUCUUUCUUG